GGCAGUUGGUUUUUCAUAAAAGUUUUGUGUUUGUGUGAAGCGCAGAUUUACAGAGUUAGCAUUUCUUUUAUAUUCCGUUCAAUUGUGUUGAGAUUACUUAAAUUAAUUUGUUCAGAGAUCUGGUCACACAGACAGAGUUUCAUAUUGGUCUGGUCAUCACUACCACACAGUUAUUGUGAAUCCACUCCUAAAUUAAUUCAGCAAUAAAUGCUCUGAAUAUUCCUGUCAUCUUUGAAUUGAAGAAGAGUUUCCAGAAGAGCAGGACAAACUUCAAGUGUGUCAACAAUUUCUGACAUAUUACUGCAAAGAUGGAUUUUAUUAAAGAGGAGAGAGAGGACAUGGGUUAUCCAGAAACACACAGAAUGAAAAAUGAAGAAACUGAGGAGCAAAUAGACCUGAUGGAAGUGAAAAAGGAAAAAGAAGAACUGAAUGAAGUGGAGGAGAAGCAUCAGCAUCAGAAAUCUCCUAAUGUCACACCUGGAGAGAAAUCAUUUAGUUGCUCACAGACUGAACAGAAUUCCUCACAACAAACAAAGGCUCAUAUAAGAAUUAACAACGCUAAGAACGUUUACACAUGCCCUCAGUGUGGAGAGAACUUCACUCGUAAAGAUCAUCUUAAGAAUCACGCAACAAUUCACGCUAAAGAUAAGCCUCUCGCAUGCCUCCAGUGUGGAAUGAGAUUCAAAUAUCAAGUAAACCUUGAUAGGCACGUGACUGUUCACACUGGAGAGAGGCCCUUUGUGUGCCCUCACUGCAGAAAGGGUUUCUCGUAUUUAAAAUGUCUUGAAAAUCAUCUAUACUAUCAGCACCCUGAAGCAAACUGUGAUGAAUGUGAUAAAAGUGUUAUUGCGGUUUCAAAUGAAAAGUCCUAUUUGUGUUCUGUUUGCGGAAAAAGCUUUUCAUGCUUGCACCGUUUUAAAGAGCACCAGGAAAUUCAUAGUGGGAAAGCUUUUGUGUGCCCUGAGUGUGGCGAUGCCUUUACAGGAUCCGGCAACUUGAAGAUGCACCAAAGAAUCCACAUUAAAGAUAAACCCUACAAGUGCUCGCGGUGUGGAAAGUGUUUCACUCAUUUAGCAGCCUUGAAAUCACAUGAGAAAGAGCAUACUGAAGAGAAGCCUUCAAGUGGGAUGACUUACACCCGAUCAACUCAUUUCAAAAAGCAUUCUGGAAAGAUGUGAGUGAAGUUCAUCUUUAGGUCCAAUGUUUGAAACCGUGUGAAUUUCAGAAAAAUCCAAAGUGACAUUUUUCUCUUAAAAGAGAUAGUUCACCCAAAAAAAGAAAAUGAAUGAAAUGAAUCAUUUAGUCACCCUAGUCUCAGACUCGUAUGACUUUCUUCUGCGGAACACAAAGAUAAUUUGUUGGAGAAACAAUGUAAAUAUAUAUCCAUACAAUCUAAAUCAAUGUGGUCCAAAACUUUUCAAGCUUCAAAAAGUACAUAAAGAUAAUCCAUGUCUUUUGAAGUGAAGUUUUGGUUGAGAAAUGUAGCUCCUUUUUCACUAUAAAUCCUGCUAUCUGCUGUCUCCUUGACACAGUCAUUACACUUCUUCAUGCUUGGCACAUACAUCAAGCUUGGAAGUUUGGACCCCUUUGACUUGCUUUGUAUGGAUAUAUUUGCAUCAUAUGUCCAUCAAAAUAUUGUUGUUUGUGCUCCACUAAAGAAAGUAGGGUUUGAUGACUGAAGGUCCCGGGUCCUGGCUCAACUGGACCUUUCUGUUUGGAGUUUGCAUGUUCUCCACGUGUUCACAUGGGUUUCCUCUGGGUACUCUGGUUUCCCUAACAGUUGAAAAAAAUAAAUCCUGGUUAAGUUAUUUGGAGACCCUAACACUGGCUGUAGGCAAUUGCAUGACCUGCAACCCUACAUAGGACAAGCAACUAUAAGAUGUAAAAAUGAUUCAGUUGAAUGGAUACAUAACUAUAAUAGACAUUUCAAUUAAUGUGCUUGUAUAACAGUUACUCUCCAUCAUGUUUCAGAAGAUCUGGAUGUUCUGAAAUGUGAUGGAGAGUAAUUGUUAUACAUAUUAAUUGAAAUGUCUAUUAUAGUUAUGCAUCCAUUCACUUGAAUCUUUUUUUUUUUUUUACAUUUUGUUAGCUGUUGAAAAGUGAUGAAGCAUUGAGAAUUUGAGAAUCAACUAAACAGCCUUUCUUGCUGCAAAAUCAAUAACAGAUUAUUCUACAUUGUUCGAGGCUUAAAAAGUCAACUAUAUUUACUGUGCGGAUGAAAAUAUUUCUAAGGAAAUGCUUUUUGGUUAUUUCAGUAUUUUAAUGAUUUACUUGCUUUGUAGAAUCAAGUAUAGCUUUUGCAUAUUUAUAGGUAAAUAAUUAUCAAUUAUUUUAUCCAGGGUUCCAACAAUCAUGGAAAAUCUGAAAAUAGGUCAUAUAAAAACAUGUGAGUUCCAGGCCUGCACAGUCACGGAAGUACAACAAAUAGUUAGUCAUAUCAAUUUCUAUUGUAAAUUUAAUUUUGCUCUACCUGGAGACUCCUGUGAGCCACAUUCAGAUCUGAGGUCAUUUGUGUGUGUGUGACUUUUUUUGUUUAAAUGAAUGGUCCAGGAUCAGAACAAGUUAAGCUCAAUCAACAGCAUUUCUGGUUUAAUGUGGAUUACCACAAAAAUUAAUAGAGACUCGUCCCUCAUUUUCUUUAAAAAAAAAAAAAACUCUUUAAAGUGUGGCACUUAAAAUGGAAGUGAAUGGGGCAAUUCUUGCUAACCUUGGAUUUUUUAAAUCAAAAUAAAUUUUUGUGGUUAUCAACAUUAUGCCACAAAUGCUGGUGAUUGAGCUUAACUUGUAUUGAACCCGGAAUAUUCCUUUUUAAAUAGGUGUUUAAAUCUCUUUGUUCCAAGGAUCGGUAGACUACCUGAUGUACACUUGGAAGUACCACCUUACAAUCUCUAUAAAAUGAGUUUCAAAACAAUUAUGCCAUAAUCAUUCAGGACUAAAGACAUAGAAGAAGAACCCUGUAUAUCUUAUUUCCAAGUCUUGUACAUUGUGCAUAUUUUCUGGUCAAUUCAUAUUACUGUACAGUUUUUCUGAGCUGAUUAAAGGAGAUGCAUCGAUAAAUAAAAAGACUGUUGGACUGAAAUCACUCCGAGACUACUGUCUAUGACUCCAUUAACCAGUCAAAUGUCUUGCAGUUUGAAGAAAAAAAAAAAAAAUGUCUAUAUUUGCCAGAUCAGUAUAGCUUGGA